GUAUCAACCAGUGUCUCCAUGGAAAUUCAACUUGACAAAACCAAAAGUCCGCGUUUUAAAUUGUCAGUAGAAUUUUUAAAAAAAUCACUACAACCGUCGCUCUGCGCACUGGAGAAGGAACAAAAUAAAAUCGUUUUUUAAUUAAAUAAUUAUAUUUUUUGUGAUUUAAUUGUUUUAAUGAUGGACAAAAUUUCGAAAGCUAUAGAUCAGACAGAGGAUGAGAUCAGCAAGCUGGCUAAACGUAAUCUGAAGGAAUUAGUGAAAAAAUGGAGCAAUAUAUUUACACCCGAUUUGGUCGAAUCAAAUAUCCACCUGUUGAAAGACCAUGUCCAGACAUUUUUCAACGAAAUACUGUCGGAAACGGACAAAAAAGAGGAAACCAUUUUGAAGCGAAUUGACGGGCUUCGGAAAGAACAAGUCCAAUUGCAACGGCUUCUUCAAGUUGAAAGACGUAUCGAUCUGCCCAAACUUCCGUUGUUAAGUUUUCAACUGGAACUGGAUAAAAGUUUGGAAGAUCUGCGCGAAGAGCUUCAGAGCCGUAAAUUACAAAUCAAAGAGUUGCUUCUACAACAAGAAAGUCUGUGCAACAUCUUGGACGAACCGAAGUGGAAACUGUACGAAGAUCCUCUCUCGUCAGCUGAUGAAAUCGAUCUAUUCAAACAGAAUUUGACUUAUCUACACGAUUUGAAGAUCGAACGGGAGAAGACGCUGAUGAAACUAAGAUCAGAAAUCGCACAAUUGAGUCAUGAACUCGACUUGCCGAUAAUCGAGGACCCGUGUCACAGUCUCUUGAACAAUUCCGAUAUAACGCUCUCUAAUUACAACAUUGGUCUGUUGUCACAAUUGGAACGGGAUUUGACGCAACAGAAGAUCGAAAUAUCGACUGCCGUUACCAAUUUGAAGAAAAAGUUGGAGAUUCUUUGGGAUUGCUUGGAGGUGGACAAAAGUAUUCGCAAGAAAUUCAAUGCCUACACUGGAUGUUCCCAGGCUACUUAUGACAGAUUGAAACAGGAGUUGAACCGCUGUGAAGGAGAAAAGCGUCGACACAUCAAAGUAUUCGUUGAUCGAAUUCGUCAGGAGAUUUUGAAAGUGUGGGACCAGCUGUUGAUGUCAGAAGAAGAACGUGAACUAUUUGGAGCAUUCACUAGCGAAUGUUACAAUGAAGAUCUGUUGCAAUUGCAUGAGCUGGAGCUGGAGUCGCUAAAGGACACUUUCGAGCAGAACAAGAAAAUUCUGGAGUGCUUUGCCAAGCAUAAAAAACUAUUUGAACGGAUGAUUGCAUUGGAGACGACCAAUCCCGAUCGCCUGCAAAACCGUGGAGGUCAACUGUUGAGAGAGGAACAAGAACGCAAGAAAAUUAACCGAGAAUUGCCAACUAUCAAACAGGAAAUACUCGAUUUGGCUGCUGUAUACGAGCAGCGGAAAAAUAAACCAUUUUUGGUGUGUGGACGGAACAUUGUCGAUGCAACCAACGGUUUGUAUGAGGAACGCGAAGAGCGGAAACAAAUGUUGGCCAGCAAUCGCAAACUGAACGCUACAGUCCAACGAACACCGAUGUCGGUCAAAGGCAGCAAUCGUAAAAUGAACGGCACGACCGCUCAACGCACGCCCAUUUCGGUGAACAAAUCGCAAUUGAAACGCACCGGUUCUGUUACUAUUGCCACAAACGAUGCCAAGAAAUAUCGAUCGCAUCUGGAAGUACCUGGAAGUUCAAGGGCUCAACGUGGCCUGUUCAACGAUCAGAAUACGAAGACGGCCUUUGCGCAGCCAGCUUCAGUGGUGAAAAAGAAGAAGACGACAAUUAUCAAAGCUGUUGUCUCGUCUUUGGUUAAUCGUCGUCAGUCGAUGCGGAACAAAAAACGUAAAUCCAAAAACAGUUCAAAGUGUUCAUCGCUCAAUCAAUCGAAGAAGAAAAUUCCAUCUGCUGAAUCGUCAGUGCUUGAUUACGGCGACUUUCAGCACGUGGUAAGUGCUCGGAAAGCAUCCAGAUCGUCCGAAAUUGACGACUACAGAUCACCGUUAAGACAACGCAACGACAACAAGUCGGCGAAAUUGCUUCGUCCGCAAACACCCAGUCAAUCGCAACAUGUCUCGCCUCGAGCUCGCGGCAGUAAAUUGUCAACGCGUAAUGUACCGAUCAUGUUCUAAAUAUGCGUUCAUGUAGCACAUGCAAUUUUUUUUUUGUAAAUUUUAAUUUUAAUUUUUACUUUGAUUUACCAUCGUCGGACGUUCAAUGGCCGUAUAAAAUGGCUUGAGUGUAAUUUGUCAAAAAAUCAAAAUUGAAUGUCAUGUGGUCAGAAUUUAUUAAUGUUAUACGUAGCGUCUAAGAUUGAAGGAAGGAAGGUUUAGUGUAAGUUAAGUUUUUUUUUUGUUUUAAAGCGAAGAGAAGAGUACAAAGGCUCCACAAGCUACAAUUAAAAUGAAUUUUUGCGGUAAAUUAA